AUGUCAAAAUCAGGACGUCCAAAUUUAUCGCUGGCCGGAAAGCGAGAAGCGCCAUCUUCACAGAAACAAUCACGCGGAGGCGGAGCACAAAAUAGAGGUGGAGGAAGAGGGUAAUUUCUAUUUUAUUUGUAUUUCACAUCACAUUUUUUGAAUUCAGUCGAGGACGAGGUCGCGGUGCCGGACCGCGCCAGAAACAGGAGCUUAUUCAGACGGGAGGAGUGUUUUCCGAAGGUUUGGGAGGAGAAUUUCCGACUCGGAAGAAGAACACCGACGCUGACGGAGCCCGUGAGUCACUUGUAAUCAGGAAUUAGUUACAUAACUGUGAAUUUGUAGAGUUCUCGUAUUCGAGACGAGAGAAUGUGGCUGGUGGAGCGUCUUCGUCAACUGCGACAGCUGAGAAAAAGGAAGAGAAGAAAGUGCCGAUGAACAUGGAAGGAAAGGCGUCAUUCCAAGGAUGGGACGAGCUGUGGCGCAGUGACGACGAAGGAGACGAAGAGGAGCUAAACGCUCUUCAUCCCAAAGGAGUCAGUCCCUGUUUUUUUCGAAAACUCUGUCCAUUCUGAACAUUUCAGUUUAUCAGCAACUUGAAGCGUGGAACCAUAAUGCCAGUUGUCUUGCCGCUUGAAGAUCAGCCACAGUUCUUGAAUGUCAUCAACAAAAGUGCUCGGCUUGCGCUGGAAGAAGACGAUGAAAUUGACGAAAAGAAAUAUAGCGUGGAUGCUGUGAAAUCGGAUCGGCAAACGGCGGAGCAACUGAUCGCCAUGCUGGAGUCGUCGAACACGGAUUUCCUUCAUCUUCAACUGCCUUCUGUCGUCGGCUCGAUUUGUAAUAAAAUUGAGCAACAAGACGAAACGCCGAUGGAAGUGGACGAUCCUAAUAACGAAAUUCCGUCGGGGCCUGCUCCAGCACCAACUCCACGGUUUAGUCUGCCGGAAAGUCGACGCAUCGGAAAGUUGCAAGUGACGCGGAAGGGACGGCUUCUUCUGAAAAUCGGCGGACAUUCAAUCGACAUCUCGAGCAAGCCGAUGGCCGGAAAACAGCAAGGAACGGUGCUUCUGGAGGUCGAUCAAACCGCCGAAUCGCAGUCAGCUCCUUCCCCGUUCUCCGCACCCGCUCGCAGUGUUCAGAAUUCGCUCUAUCAUUUGGGAAAUGUGAAGCAUACUUUGGUGGGAUCGAUGACGUGGUCACAGUUGAAUGAGAAGAAAGCAAACAGUGAAAAGGAGAAGCAGGUAUGCCACAUGGAGCUGGAAGUGAACGGAGCGGACGGAGAAGUCGUGAAGAGAGUGGAGCAGCUGAAGAACGAACAGGCGGAAUGGGGCGAGCUGGCCGAGCAAUGGGCCAGAGGACUGAUCGCCCACUGA